CAGGUUUCAGUGUUUCAUUGCGAUGUCGUUGACAAAAUCAAAAAGGAAAAGCUGCAACCCGCUCGACCACGUACACGCAGGUAGACUAGGACUUGCUCGUCUCCUUGGUUGGCGUUUGGUCACUUUUCUAGGUUCUCAGCCUGACGAGUCCUAGUCAUGAUAUUUUUACAACUGGACGACGCAGCCACAAAUGCCGGCACGAAAGGAUGCUCGACAACCGAAAGUUCCUUUUUCUUGUUUGUAUGCUGACCCCCUUCUGCAUCGGCAAUCGUAUAGGUUGGAAUGUCUCCGCAGUGCUCCAAGAAUAGUAGCGUGAAAACAAAAAAGUGAAAGUGUUUGUCUUGUUACCUUACACUGACUUACCCAACACUGAUCAUACCACAUACAUAUCGAUUUCGAUUUGAGAUUUUGAUUUUGUGUUCUUUGCGGUGAGUGCACAAAAGUAGAAACCAACAUGAGCAAGCGCCGGCGCAGGUCUUCUUCGCGCGGCAGGCGAAACGACAGAAAGCGACAGAACCGAGAGCGCAGCAUCAGCAGAGAGCGGCGAAAUCGCAAUCGGUCGGGAAGGCGACGAACACCCGAUCGGGGUCCUCCUCGCCGUAAUCGGGUCGUGUCAAAGGACAGGGGGCAGGACCGUAGAAGGGAAAAGCGAAAAUCGCCCCAGCUGGGCGACCGAGAUCGAGCGACGCUGGACCGAGCGGCCCGUCACGCGCGCUGGGUGAAAGAGGAAGACGACGAUCUCUCUGCCGCCACUGACGCUAGACGGAAAGAGGAAAAGAGGGGAAAUAAAGCUGGGGAGAAGGAGAAGCGAAAUAAAUCCCCGGACGACGAGGAUGAGAAAGACAAGGUCGUAGAUGACCGUCGGGACAAAGAAGGAGACAAGGACCAUGCCAAGAGGCCCCCGCGUCCUGGACAGAACAGAGAUCGGCUCAAGUCGGGUUCUAGCACCAACGUCGUUCCUGCGAGUUCUUUGGCGACCAAGAAUGUUCUUGGGAGCAGUGAGGAAGGAGUAGCGGAACAUGAUUCCUCCCCUUCUGGGAGCGAGUCUGAGCUGCUGGUCACCGAGGAACUGGAAAAGCAGGUGGUCGAAAAACUCAAGUCAACCGAGGUCCAAAACGAGAUUCAACAAACAGUGCAGCGUGAGCUAGCAAAGCGCUGGGAGCAUCGAAAAGCGGAGAUUCUGCGGGAGUACGAGCAACGAAAACGGGAGCUGAUCGUUCAACAGGAGCGCCGUUUACGCGACGAGCAGGCGGAUGCGACGCGAACGAAAAACGCACAGAACCAGGGCAUUGACCAAAUCAUCUCAGAAAAUCUGCGACGCAUCCAAGAAAACCAAGAUAAGACGUUGCAGCAACCUCAUGAGGCCCGCAAGUCGCUUGGCACCUCCGCGAGCGACAGGUAGUGAAAGAUCGCAAUUUGUGCUGACGCUGAACGAUACGUGCUUGCGAAACUAGUAUAGCGACAUUGAAGUAUUCCGGAUCCAU